AUGGCAGGAGUCGUCCAAGAAAAGACUCCGCUGGUAGAGUCGCCCUACUUGCGCUCGCUUUUGGCAGGCGCAGUAGCAGGCACCACAGUCGACACAUCUCUCUACCCUCUCGAUACACUAAAGACCCGCCUUCAAUCCUCUUCAGGCUUCCUCGCCGCUGGUGGCUUCCGCGGUGUCUACGCAGGUGUCGGUUCCGCCAUUGUCGGUUCUGCCCCAGGCGCCGCCCUCUUCUUCGUCACCUACGAUGGCAUAAAGCGCAACUUCUCCUCGCCAACCCAUACUUCCACACAACAGGCUGGCGUACACAUGGCAGCCGCAAGUCUGGGAGAGGUGGCUGCGUGUGCUGUGCGCGUACCUACCGAAGUCGUCAAGCAAAGAGCACAAGCCAAACAAUUUCCGAGCUCGCUAACGGCGUUCACGAGUAUCUUGGACUUGAGAAAGAGCGCGGGAUAUGGUGUCAUGGCGAGAGAGUUGUAUCGUGGGUGGGGUAUCACAGUAAUGCGUGAGGUGCCCUUCACAGUCAUCCAAUUCCCCAUGUGGGAGGGUAUGAAGAGGUGGGCCGCCAGAAGAGAUGGCAGGGAGACCGCUACUGGCUUCCAAUCCGCUGUGUUCGGAAGCAUAUCUGGUGGUAUUGCUGCGGCUUUGACAACACCAUUGGAUGUGCUAAAGACGAGGAUGAUGCUAGCAAAGGAAAAGGUCUCGGCUUCAUAUUUGCUGGGCAAGAUCUACAGAGAAGAAGGUAUGAAGGCCUUCUUCAAGGGCGUAGAACCCAGAGUCACUUGGAUCAGCAUUGGUGGUGCUGUCUUCCUGGGAAGUUAUCAGUGGGCGAGCAAUGCAUUGGGCGGUGUCAACUAA